AUGAAGGGGCAUUUUUCCAUCGAGUGGCUUUCUCAAAGCAGCCAGGCCUCGGCAUCCACACUUCCCUCAAACUCUUGGGUCUCUCCCGGCCAGGACGUCCCGAGCACCUCUGCCUCUGAGAGCCUUCCUGGCUUCUACAGCAGAUGGAGACCGGAAAACAUGGAGGAUCAGGAGAAACGUAUGGAGCCAGCACAACCGGGAAACAGCUUGUUGUGUACAUCUACACAAGAUACCGAGCCCAAUGACAACAAUAUCAUCCAGCAACACACUCACGUUUGUCUUUGUUUUCUGAUAGCAUCAGAGCCAGGUUUCAGCAGCAGCAGCAGCGCGGAGGAGGAGGAGACAUCAGGGUACGAGAGCGAGGGUGGCCCCUCUCUCUCACCUGGGGCCCCUGAAGGACCGGCGCCGUCGGUAUCUCCCUCUACCGGCCGCAGACCCCGAACUGCGUUCACCGCAGAGCAGAUCAACAGUCUGGAGAGAGCCUUCAAGAGAAACGCUUAUCUCGGAGCCCAGGACAAAGCCGAGCUCUGCAAAAGACUGAAUCUGUCUGAUAAACAGAUCAGAAACUGGUUCCAGAACCGACGCAUGAAGCUGAAACGGACCGUUCAGGACAGUCUGGCUCACGCCUGCCAGGCCAAGGUGGCCUCACAUAUGAUGCAUUACUCCGAUCUGCACAGUUUCCGUGCCGCUCCAUAUCCCAGCUACUAUUCGGCGGUCCAGGAGACCCCGGCACCUUACGGCCCGGGAUUUCACUUCAGUCCUGCUACAGCCGGAGGCCUGCCGACCCUGCCUGUGGAGGCCCUGUAUCAGUACAGCACCCUACAGAGCCUCCCUGUCCAUCCCAGCAACCCUUCCAUGAUGAGUCCAUACCAGCCCUAUCACUCGCAGUACUACAACACACAGUGAGACGAGAGGCCGACAACAAAACAUUCAUUUCUGCCUGUUAAGCCUUGUGCUUUGUUUACAUCGUUGCAUUUGUGAAUACAGGGUGAAG